GAUUAUACUGGAGAGCUCAUGUCGUUCACUUGCGUGUACGUGGGAAGUAAGUCAAUUAUUCGCUUUGGGGAUUCCACCUCCGAGAAAGCCGUGGCCUCCCUGAACUACCAGUACGUUUGCAUUGUUGUCUUGACGUCGACCGCAAGCAGCACGGUCUCGGAGAUAAGCACGAGCGCCACGUCCUCGCUGACGUCGUUGACAGCCACGACCGAGUCGUACAAUGACUACACGCUUCUGCCCGCUUGGACCGUGAGCAGCACUGUGACCACCACAACGAAAACGGCGGCACCAUCUCAACUAAGCGGGUCGAUUGAGCUCAUCGUCGUGGGUACAGACGAGAUCCGUAACAGCACGGAGGCAGAGGCGGUGCUAGAUUCUUGCGGCCGCACUCUCGCUCAACUCGUCGGCGUGCCAGCGAGCUACGUCAGCGUGGCGUUCGCGGAGUCCCGGAGGCUCAGGGCUGCACCGCGCCAGCUCUCCCAGAGCGUCGUCGAGCUGGCAUACAUUAUCCGCGUUCCCGCGGGUAGUGACGCUGCUGUGGUGAAGUCGACUCUCGAAAGCAUCAGCGUGGACGACUUCGAGGCCAUUCUGCAGGAUUCCAUCGACUCGACCGUCGGGGAGGGCGAGCUCUCCGUCUCCGUGCUCCUGAUCACGGGUCCCGGCAGCCUCGUGGACACGGCGGCCGACGCCCCCGCGGCGGGGCCGCACGAGGCCCAGGGCUCGUCCGUGAUGGUAGUCAUCUUCCUGACGGUGGGCUGCUGCGUCGGGUGUGCGCUCCCGGCCCUGGCGCUGGUCUGCUGGCGCUUCCGCCUGCGCGAGGGGCGCGCGCGGGCCGCCCAGGGCCCGACGGGCCCGAGAGGCGCGCCGACCAGCCCACCCGCCGCGCCGUCCCCGAGCGAUCCCGUCCCGAAGAGGCUCGUGCCGCCCGCGCGGGUCGAGAUGCCAGCCGGUCCCCCUUCCCAAGACCCGAAGAGGCUCGUGCCGCCCGCGCGGGUCGAGAUGCCAUCCGCUCCCCCUUCCGAAGACCCGGUGUUCCGUUCUCCGCGUGCUGCAAACAGAAUGUGUAGUCUGUAG